ACCGUUUCCUUUCUCUCUUUUCUUUUUUGACACAUUUUUUUUUUUUUGUUAACCAUGGUUGUUCGUAUUCGUCUUGCUCGACAUGGUCGUCGUAACUUGCCUUAUUAUCACAUUGUUGUAGCCAAUGCACGAACAGCACGAAACAGCAAGCCUUUAGAACAACUUGGUACAUACAAUCCUCUUCCCAAUGAAAACGGACAAAAAGCAAUCAAUCUCAAUUUUGAACGAGCAAAAUAUUGGUUAACGGUGGGUGCUCAACCUUCAGAGACAGUGGAAAAAAUCCUUGUUCAGGCUAAUCUUAUACCUCAAGCACCUAAACCAUGGAUGAAGGAAGCAGCAAAGCGAUUCCAACAAGAAGCCAAGGAAUGAAAUAGAAGAUUUUGUUUAUAGUGAUAGACUCCUUUUUUGUUUUUUUUUUUUGUUUUUUUUUUUAUCAUGAUUUGACACCCUUUUUAUAUUUCUAACGAAAAUGUAUAUAAUAUCCUUUUUUCCCCCUCUUUACAUGUCAUCCAUAACCUUCCUCUUCAUUUAUAAUAGUUGUAGCUACAUACUUGUAUUGAUUAAUUAUACAAUAAAUAUUCUGCUGCUCCAUUGAAGAUUUCAACAUCAAUAUUAAAAUGGAAAACGUUUUGCUGGUAAUCAUGAUGAAUAAAUAUAAAAACUAUAGUUCUUUUUUUUCCAAAUAUGGC